AUAAAGUGACCUGCUUCAUAUCUAUUGGGCGACAAUGGCUGCCGCCGCUCCAGGUGAAAUCAUUGUAUCGAAAGAGGAAAUACAUGGUUUUGUAAUACGAUGUCUGACUGCAUCAGGAGCUGUAGAAAAUUAUGCAAAGACCUUCGCAGAUUGUUUAAUAACUGCUGACUAUAGAGGUCACUAUAGUCACGGGGUUAAUAGACUAGAAUUUUACAUCGAGGAACUAAAAAGAGGUGUGUUAUCCGGCGGUCAUGAAACAGAGCCAACAUGUUACAAAACAGAACUUGGCAACCGCCCUUGUCAACGGAAACAAUCUGUUUGGACCGGUGGUUGGAAAAUUUUGCAUGGAGCUGGCGAUACAGAAAGCUAAAGAGGUUGGCAUAGGCAUGGUAACAGCUCGAGGUUCCAACCAUUUUGGAAUAGCCGGGUUUUACAGUCUGAUGGCAUGCGACCAAGGCUUAGUGGGCAUGGCGUUUACCAAUGCAUCCGGUGCUAUCAUACCUACACGCUCCAAAGUGAGAACCCUAGGAACUAAUCCCGUCUGUAUGGCAGCUCCGGGUAAAAACGGUGACAGUUUUGUCUUAGAUAUGGCGACUUCGAAUGUUGCAUGGGGAAAGGUUGAGCUUCAGAAGCGGAAAGGACAGCCACUAUCUCCUGGAUGGGUUCUAGAUAAAGAUGGGAAGCCUACUGUGGAAAUGAAUAAUAUUGGAGGUCUUUUGCCCCUAGGAGGUGUAGAAGAGACAAGUGGUUACAAGGGUUACGGCCUGGCGAUGAUGGUUGAAGUACUCUGUAGUGUUCUAGCCGGAUCAGCAUUUGGACCUUUUAUCAGGAUGUGGCGGACAUACGACCGACCAUCAGAUAUGGCCCACUGUUUUAUUGCUGUGGAUCCGAAUUCCUUUGAGGAUGGAUUUUCUGACCGAAUGCAGAACCUUAUUGAUCACUGUCGCAAUUUAGACACGGCUGAUGAUGCCGCUGGAAAUGUGAUGAUAGCCGGAGACCCCGAACGGAACCACAUGAAGCUAUGUGACAAUCUAGGAGGAAUACCGUACCAUCAAAACCAAAUAAAAAACAUGGAUGACUUAGCAGAGAAGUUGAAUUUGGAGAAAUUAAAACGACUUUCGUAGUUAUGUCUCACAAUUUCAUCGUUCCAUGGACUGCGUUAACAACUCAUUUUGAUUUCAAAUAAACGGAUGGAUUUGUUAUAAACUC